GGUUACUACGCAGCAUUGAGGACCAAAAAUGAGGAAGGUUCCAGCCUGCUUACAUAAGGAACGGCGAGGGAGUCCUAUUGCUAGGUAUAGCUAUUAUCUAUCACAUCGUUUUAAUUUCUAUUACUAUCCUGUUUCGAAGGUCGGUUUGAUAUUGAAUACUUCAUCGUAUUCAACAUCCUCUCUUCAAUAUGGAUUCUGACGAUACUGUUAUGGUGACCAUCGAGAAGAGCUAUCUGGAAACUUUGUUUAGAAGAGCUCACUUCAAUGGUUCGGAGGAUGGCGAUUUCGAUGCUUCUCAGGAUGUCGACAAGAUCACAAUUUCUAAAGAGGAGCAUGGUGCCUUGAUAAAAUCCGUUCGAGAAUAUGAGAACCUGCGACGCAACCUUUUCAAGGGCGGUAUUGCUGAAGAGACCUUGAAUAUCUUGAUCAAAGAUAGUGAUCCAAAUGAAGCUGAUCAGAGUGUUGCCUCGAAUAUAUCUGCGACGCAUGAAGAUCAUGAUGAAAACACUGCCUUUAUGACACAAGAUCCUCCUCCAUCGACUCAAGUCGCCAAUGGUCACCAAGCUUAUUCAAAUGGCACACCCCGAACUGGUCCAAUACCUGCAAGCCGUCCUCAAGAAUACAGAAGCUCUCAAACUCAUAACUUUCAGUAUCAAGAGACCCCGGGCCAAAAUCUGCACACGGGCAGUCAUGACGACAGUAAUGGUACUUCCGAUUCUGAGACCAGAAACAUUUCGCAGAGCAGGUCUCAACGCCCAUGUUAUGAGAAAUUCGCCAAGCGUACUGUGCAAUUAUACAACCUCCCGAUUGAGACGACACAUGCAGAUGUUUGUGAUGCUGUUAGGGGAGGGAUGUUGUUGGAUAUGUACCUUCGCACUCAUGAUCGUGCUGCGAUUGUUUCGUUCGCCGAACAGGUCCAAGCUAAUGAAUUCUUUCGCCAUGUCAAAUGCAAUGAUUUGUAUAUCCGUUCGAAGAGGGUCGAUAUUCGAUGGAAUGAUAGGCAAUUCAUCUUAUCAGAUCAUGUCGCAAAUAAAAUGAAAAACAUCGGAGCUACUAGAAACCUUGUCAUUCGUAGAUACAAUCCCAACUUUACCGAAAAAGUCAUCCGCGAUGAUCUCGAGCACAUCAAUCAACUCGUAGUGAUUAGGGUUGUGUUCAAGGGUUCCAAUGCUUUUAUCUCGACAAAUUCUGUUCAUAAUGCAAUGUAUGCCCGUACUUGCAUGAUGAGCCGUGCCGCUUAUAAGAAUUUAAAAAUUGAAUGGGAUCAUGAUGAAUGUGCAACACCACUACCACCACUACCGAGGCGCCCAAGUCCUCAAUUAGACAAUCCUCCCUUCAGAAGAAAGCAGAACGCCUCUUUGGCGAACCGUUUCGAACUUCUCAGCGCUGAUAUGUAGGACGAACCAGGGACUGACAGUGAGGGCAAAGGAAACAAAAUUGUAGGUGCUGAUGAUGUAGUGCAAGUGGGAAUGCGAGAAAAAGAUAAUUGGGAGGGGUAAGAAGAAGAAAUGAUGGCGUAAUAAUGGGUAUGGGUAUUCCAGCUGUGAAUAUUCAUACACCUGGACGUGUUGCCUGCAGCCUUGAUUAUGGGGAAUGAUCCGUCGACCAGAACACUUUUCGAUUCAUCCGGAAAGGCUAAAGAUUGGUGAAUACAACCCCUUACAUCGAGCUGUGUACUAGGAUUGGGAGGCGCUACCACGAUGUGUGUUUGUGUGUAUUUUUUUAUUUUUUUGGUUCAGAUACCCCCUGAAGGAUGGCAUGUUUGUGCUUCGGGUUUGUAAUUAAUCGAAUUGAAAUGGCAAUUUUCACUGUAAGUGUGGAUAACUAGGAGGAUAUUUAUGAAGCUGUAGUCUGUAGCGGAACAAUAAAAAGGUUUUGAGAGUUCA